CUUUGAAGGAAGGGAAUCAGCUACUGAUUUGGUUGAAUACAACUACGAAGCGCUGGCCUCUAUCACUGGGGGAUUCAGUGAAGAAAACUUUAUUGGGAAUACUCUAUAUGGAAAAGUGUUCCGGGGAAAAAUUCAACAGGUUUGGAGACACAAGAGGUCAUGGUCAAGAUAUGGGUAGACUGUAUGAGACUUGCAACUACUCCAGAACGUCAAAAACCUAGAUUUGAUAAUGAAAUCAAGUUGCUGACAAAUUCAGACCUGAAAGGGCAUCCAAACUUGGUGAAGUUAAUAGGAUUUUGCUGUGAAACUGAACGUUUGGGAGUCGUAUAUGAGCUAAAACCGCUGGAUACAUUAGAGAAACUAAUUAUUCACGAUGACUUUACAUGGCUUGCACGAAUCAAGGUAGCCCUCGAAUUUGCAUGUAUCCUAGAAUGUUUGCGUGAUCAACAACUCUUGCAUCGGAGUAUCAGCGCAGCUCAUUUAAUGAUUGACCAGGCUUUCAGUCCAAGAUUAUUCGACUUCGCUAUGCUUGUUGGUGGAGGUUUUGGUGAAAUUCCUGAUAUUAGGUACCAUGUAUAUGGAAUCGGGAGUCAUGGUUACGUUGAUCCACUUAUCUGUUUGACAGGUUUGCAUCUUAAUGUUAUUUGCAUACUUUUUACUUGAACCCAGGAACAUCAAUGCAACUUUUAUUUUUUUGACUUCUUAAUUCCGUCUUUGUACAAGUUUACAGAAUUGUGGAGUAGAUUAUGGAUAUGAAUAUGGUUAAAGG